AGCAAGAACAGUUGUUAAGUGGAAAAUGGAGGCUGGAUUUUGUGUGGCGAUUCUCACCUGCCUGCUCUUCAGGGUCUCAGAGAGCUUUCAGAUUGCCCACGUCCAGAAACAGCAGUGCCUUUUCGAAAAUAAGAUAGUUGCUGUGGGCUUCUGCAAUGGGACCAGCCAGAACCAGCAGUGGAUGUGGACCGAGGAUGGGAAGCUCCUUCAUGUUAGAUCUGCAAGGUGCCUGGGCAUCUCCAACUCCACAGGUGGCCCUUCCCAACCAGCUGUCUUUGCCCACUGCUCCCAAGCACCCCGAUGGACCUGCCAUGAGAAGGAAGGCUUCCUCCAGGUGGAAAACACCUCUCUCUUUCUCAAGAAAGAAGGCUUCAAGGUAGUGGUCAGGAGGGGCAGGAAAUACCUCCAUAGCUGGAUGAAAAUAGAUGUCAACAAAGAGGGAAAACCAGUCAAUGAAAGCCUCUGCUUAAAAAAAGCUGGCCUGGGAGCAGAAGUUCCAGCGCGGACCACUAGGAACACCGCUCCGCUCCAGACCCCCACCACGUUCAACGCGGUUCCGCGCGGCCGGGGGCACCCGGGUGGGAACACCACCGAGGCCUUCAGCAGGAGCACCGCGGGAACCUACGGCCAGAACAGCAGCCAGGGGCAGCCCCCGCCUCCGCAGGGCACCGGCGUCACAGAGGCGUCCUGGGCUCCCCGCGCCCGGCGGCCCGUCCCCAGCACCACGGAAGAGACUGGACUGGGGGAGCCAGAGAGAUGCAACUUCACCCCGACGGCGUCCAGGGUCUCCAGCAGGUCGGCGUCUCUCCAGUGGAGAACUUUGGGGUCACCGUGUAACUUUAGCCUCAUCUAUAACAGUGACACAUCGAACGUCACGUUUUGCCACCCCGUGCGGCUAGACACCACCACCUAUGGAUGUAACCCCAAGGAUUUACAAGCAGGAACCAUCUAUCACUUCAAGAUUGUGUCUCUGGAUGGGGAAGAGAGGACUCUGGACUUACAAACAGAUCCUUUACCUCCUGCCAGGUUUGAAGUCAGUAGAGAGAAGACAAAUUCAACCAGCUUACAUGUUUCGUGGACUCCUUCUUCUGGAAAAGUCACCCAAUAUGAAAUGCAGUUAUUGGAUGAUAACCAAAAGAUACAGGCGACCCAAAGCCAAGAAAGUACUUCAUGGAAUGAAUACACGUUUUCUAACCUCACUGCUGGGAGCAGAUACAAUAUUACCAUCACAGCUGUCUCUGGACAGAAACGUUCCUUGACAAUUUAUACCAGUGGAUCAACAGUGCCAUCUCCAGUGAAAGAUAUUGAUAUUUCAGCAAAAACUAAUUCUCUCCUGAUUUCGUGGUCCCACGGCUCUGGGAACGUGGAAGGAUACCGGCUGAUGCUAAUGGCCGACACGGUCCUGGUUCACAGCAGUGCCGUGGACAAACACAAUACUUCCUACACUUUCCGAGGACUGACGCCAGGCCACCUCUACAACCUCACCAUUGUGACUGAGGCCGCAGGGCUGCAGACCCACACGUGGACGCCAGCCAGGACCCUCCCCAUGGCAGUCUCAAAUCUGAGGGUGACAAACGAUGGCACUUCGACCUCUCUAAAAGUCAAGUGGCAAAGACCUUCUGGACAUGUGGAUUCCUACAACGUUACCCUGUCUCACCAAGGCACCAUCAAAGAAUCCAGAAUGUUGGCACCUCAGGUUAUUGAAACCCAAUUUAAAGACUUAAUCCCCGGACGGCUGUAUCAAGUUACCGUCAGCUGUGUCUCUGGCCACUUGUCUGCUCAGAAGACGGCCGUGGGCAGGACAGUUCCAGAGAAAGUUGGGAACCUGGAGGUGAACAGCAAUGGUUCUCUGAGGUCCCUCGUGGUGAGCUGGUCGCCCCCCGCUGGAGACUGGGAGCGGUACCGGAUCCUGCUCUCCAACGGCUCCCAGGCGCUGCUCAACGCCACCGUGGGAAAGCAGGAAACGCACUACGCCAUAGAUGAUGCGGGGCUCGUGCCGGGAAGGCAGUACGAGGUGGAGGUCACUGUGGAGAGUGGAAAUCUGAAGAAUUCUAAGCGUUGCCAUGGCAGGACAGCCCCCCUGGCUGUCCUCCAGCUUCGUGUCAAACACGCCAACGAGACUUCGCUGAGCGUCAUGUGGCAGACCCCCGCCGCGGAAUGGGAGAAAUACGUCAUCUCACUAGCCGACAGAAACCUCUUACUCGUCCACAAGUCACUCCCCAAAGAUGCCAAAGAAUUCACUUUUACUGACCUGGUGCCUGGGCGAAAAUACGUAGCUACCGUCACCACUAUUAGUGGGGACUUAAAAAAUUCAUCUUCAACAAAGGGAAGAACAGUGCCUGCCCAGGUGACCAGUUUGCAUGUGGCCAACCAAGGGACCACCAGCAGCCUCUUUACUAACUGGACCCGGGCACCGGGGGACACAGAGUUCUACCAGGUCCUGCUGAUCCACGAAAAUGUGGUCAUCAAAAACGAGAGCGUCUCCGGGGAGACGAGCAGAUACAGCUUCCACUCCCUCAAGUCCGGCGGCCUCUACUCCGUGGUGGUGACGACAGUGAGCGGAGGCGUCUCGUCCCGGCAGGUGGUGGAGGAGGGCAGGACAGUCCCUUCCACGGUGAGCGGAGUGACGGUGAACAACUCGGGCCGUAACGACUACCUUGGCGUGUCCUGGCUGCCGGCCGCCGGAGACGUGGACAACUACGUGGUGAGGCUCUCCCAUGGUGGCAGCGUGGUCCAGUCGCUCGUCAUUGCCAAGUCCGUCAGCGAAUGCUCCUUCAGCUCCCUCACGCCCGGCCGCCUCUACAACGUGACAGUGACCACGAGGAGCGGCCAGUACGAGAGUCACUCCUUCAGCCAAGAGCGGACAGUGCCUGACAAGGUCCAGGGAGUCAGCGUUAGCAACUCGGCCAGGAGCGACUACAUAAAGGUGUCCUGGGUGCACGCCGCUGGGGACUUUGAUCACUAUGAAGUCACCAUUAAGAACAAAAACAACUUCAUUCAAACCAAGAGCAUCCCCAAGUCUGAAAAUGAGUGUGUAUUUGUUAAACUAGUCCCUGGACGGCUGUACAGUGUCACCGUUAGUACAAGAAGUGGACAGUAUGAGGCCAGUGAGCAGGGCACUGGGAGAACAAUCCCAGAGCCGGUGAAGGACCUCACCCUGCGGAACCGGAGCACUGAGGACCUCCAGGUGACUUGGUCACGAGCUGACGGGGACGUCGACCAGUAUGAGAUCCAGCUGCUCUUCAACGACAUGAAAGUGUUUCCUCCUUUUCACCUCGUAAAUACCGCAACUGCGUAUCGGUUCACCACCCUGACCCCAGGCCGCCAGUAUAAAAUUCUUGUCUUGACCAUCAGUGGAGACGUUCAGCGCUCAGCCUUUAUCGAGGCCCGCACGGUUCCUAGUGCUGUCAAAAAUAUCCACGUUUCUCCCAACGGGGCCACAGACAGCCUGACAGUGAACUGGACUCCUGGCGGGGGCGACGUCGACUCCUACACUGUGUCGGCAUUCCGGCAGGAUCGGAAGGUUGAGUCCCAGACGGUCCCCAAGCACGUCUCUGAGCACACGUUUGACAGGCUGGAGGCAGGGCAGCAGUACCACGUCGUGGUGGCCUCGGUCAGCGGGUCCCUGAGGAACCAGGUGGACGUGCUCGGGCGGACAGUCCCGGCGUCUGUCCAGGGAGUGACCGCAGACAACGCAUAUAGCAGCCACUCCUUGAUAGUGAGUUGGCAGAAAGCUGUCGGCGUGGCAGAAAGAUACGACAUCCUGCUUCUCACGGAACAUGGCACCCUUCUGAGCAACACGUCCGAGCCAGCCGCCGCGAAGCAGCACAGAUUCGAAGACCUAACGCCAGGGAAGAAAUACAAGAUACGGAUCCUGACGGUCAGCGGGGGCCUCUUCAGCCAGGGGGCCCAGACUGAAGGCCGCACAGUCCCGGCAGCCGUCACCAACCUGAGGAUCACGGAGAACUCGACCAGACACCUGUCCUUCCACUGGACCGCCUCGGCCGGGGAGCUCGGCGGGUACAACAUCUUUCUGUACAACCCGGAUCGGACUCUUCAGGACAGGGCUCAGGUCGACCCGCACAUCCAGACCUUCUCCUUCCAGAACUUGCUGCCAGGUCGAAUGUACAAGAUGGUCAUCGUCACUCACAGUGGGGAGCUGUCGAACGAGUCUUUCAUAUUGGGGAGAACAGUCCCGGCCUCUGUGAGUAACCUCAGGGGAUCCAAUCGGAACAUGACGGACAGCCUCUGGUUCAGCUGGAGCCCAGCCUCGGGGGACCUCGACUUUUACGAGCUGAUUCUCUACAACCCCAACGGCACGAAGAAGGAAAACAGAAGGGACAGGGACCUGACAGAGUGGCGUUUUCACGGCCUCGUCCCUGGAAGGAAGUACACGCUGUGUGUGGUCACUCACAGCGGGGACCUCAGCAACAAGGUGACAGGGGAGAGCAGAACAGCCCCGAGUCCUCCCAGUCUUAUGUCGUUUGCUGACGUUGCAAACACGUCCUUGGCCAUCACCUGGAAGGGGCCGCCAGAGUGGACGGACUACGAUGACUUUGAGCUGCAGUGGCUCCCCAGAGACGCCAUCACGGUCUUCAACCCCUACAGCAACAGGAAGUCGGAGGGACGCCUCGUGUACGGUCUUCGUCCAGGGCGAGCCUAUCAGUUCAGCGUCAGGACUGUGAGCGGGGAUUCCUGGAAAGCCUACAGCAGACCGAUUUCGGGAUCCGUGAGGACAAAGCCAGACAAGAUCCAAAACCUGCACUGCCGGCCUCAGAACUCCACGGCCAUUGCCUGUUCCUGGAUCCCGCCAGACUCCGACUUUGACGGGUACAGCAUUGAAUGCCGGAAAAUGGACACUCAAGAGGUGGAGUUCUCCAGAAAGCUGGAGAAAGAGAAAUCUUUGCUCAACAUCAUGAUGCUCGUGCCCCACAAGAGGUACCUGGUGUCCAUCAAGGUGCAGUCGGCCGGCAUGACCAGCGAGGUGGUGGAGGGCAGCACCAUCACCAUGAUAGACCGGCCCCCGCCUCCACCUCCGCACAUCCGCGUGAAUAAAAAGGACGUGCUCGUCAGCAGGUCUUCCAUCAACUUCACUUUCAACUGCAGCUGGUUCAGCGACACCAACGGGGCUGUGAAGUACUUCACGGUGGUGGUGAGAGAGGCCGAGGGCAGCGACGAGCUGAAGCCGGAGCAGCAGCACCCUCUGCCCUCCUACCUGGAGUACAGGCACAAUGCCUCCAUCCGAGUGUAUCAGACCGAUUAUUUCGCCAGCAAAUGUGCCGAAAGUCCUGACAGCAACCCCAAGAGUUUUGACAUCAAGCUCGGAGCGGAGAUGGAGAGCCUGGGUGGGAAAUGCGACCCCCAUCAGCAGAAAUUCUGUGACGGACCGCUGAAGCCUCACACCGCCUACAGAAUCAGCAUCCGGGCGUUUACGCAGCUGUUUGACGAGGAGCUGAAGGAGUUCACUCAGCCGCUGUACUCAGACACAUUCUUCUCCCUGCCCAUCACCACCGAGUCAGAGCCUCUCUUUGGAGUCAUUGAAGGUGUGAGUGCCGGGCUGUUCCUCAUCGGCAUGCUGGUGGCUGUGGUGGCCUUAUCCAUCUGCAGACGGAAGGCGAGCCACGGCCGAGAGGGGCCCUCCGCCCGUCUGAGCAUCCGCCGGGACCGCCCGCUGUCUGUCCACCUGAACCUGGGCCAGAAAGGCAACCGGAAAACAUCCUGCCCAAUAAAAGUAAGCCAGUUUGAAGGGCACUUCAUGAAGCUGCAGGCUGACUCCAACUACCUUCUCUCCAAGGAAUACGAGGACUUAAAAGACGUGGGACGAAGCCAGUCGUGUGACAUCGCUCUCUUGCCAGAGAACAGAGGGAAGAACCGGUACAACAACAUAUUGCCCUAUGACGCCUCGCGAGUGAAGCUCUCCAAUGUGGACGACGACCCAUGCUCCGACUACAUCAACGCCAGCUACAUCCCUGGCAACAGCUUCAGAAGAGAAUACAUCGCUACUCAGGGCCCUCUUCCCGGCACCAAGGAUGACUUCUGGAAAAUGGCCUGGGAACAGAACGUCCACAACAUCGUCAUGGUGACCCAGUGUGUGGAGAAGGGCCGGGUGAAGUGUGACCAUUACUGGCCCGCGGACCAGGAUUCCCUCUACUACGGGGACCUCAUCCUGCAGAUGCUCUCGGAGUCUGUGCUGCCUGAGUGGACCAUCCGCGAGUUUAGGAUAUGCAGCGAGGAACAGCUCGACGCACACAGACUCAUCCGCCACUUCCACUACACGGUGUGGCCGGACCAUGGGGUCCCAGAGACCACACAGUCCCUGAUCCAGUUUGUGAGAACCGUCAGGGACUACAUCAACAGGACCCCCGGGGCCGGGCCGGCCGUGGUGCACUGCAGCGCUGGCGUGGGCAGGACUGGAACCUUUAUCGCGUUGGACCGAAUCCUCCAGCAAUUAGACUCCAAGGACUCGGUGGACAUCUAUGGAGCGGUGCACGACCUGAGGCUUCACAGGGUGCACAUGGUGCAGACUGAGUGUCAGUACGUCUACCUGCACCAGUGUGUGAGAGACGUCCUCAGAGCCAGGAGGCUGCGGAGCGAGCAGGAGAACCCCUUGUUUCCAAUCUACGAAAAUGUGAACCCGGAGUACCACAGAGACGCAGGCUACUCGAGGCAUUGAGAAUGUGUCGAAGAUCUCCUGGACGAAAGCUACUCACUGUGUGAUUUUUUAAAAAACUUGCUUCGUGCCCUACAGAGGCGCCAGCUAUUCCUGUUGAUACUGUGUAUAAUUUAUUAAUCUGGAGAAUUUUAAAGAAUUUAUGUAAUUUAAAGGUAACAUAUUAUUGUACAUAGUUGUAUUUUGCAGUUCCUUCUGUAAAUAUGUAUUUUUCAUAAUGUUUAAUAUUAAUCUUUACGUAAUGCUAUUUUUCCACACUGAAGUGUUCGCGGACGGUUCUGCGUAAGCUGAUUGGCCUAUGUGACAGGACCUGAUGGUGUGUGUGUGGAGGUGGCUGCAGAGGAGACCCCUGGGGCCGUGGUUUUCAGCUGUUUGAAAUUCACUGGACAGGAGGAAGGGCCGGGCUGGAGAGAGCACGCAGGGCAGCCGGCUGUGCUGCAUUGCUGUGCUACGAGUCUUGGCAUCUGAAGAUGAUCCAAAUGCUAUUUGGGCAAAUAUAAUGAUCAAAGAAAGGAUCGUCGAGGGGAAGAGACUCAGCAGCCAAGCUGAAGGAGCUGGUUGUGCCCAAACCCAUUAGUGGCUCUCCUGCUGCCAGAGGCUCGAGCCACAGCUCAGGGCUCGGGGCCACGUAACUCGCGGGGUGAGUGCACGCUGCAGGGCUGGGGUUCUGACGGAGAAUGGUCCCAACCGAAGUGAAGAGCUCCUUGUAUCAAGAAGACAGCCACCUGGGCCCUGGCCGGAAGCACUGUCAACACGCAGAGCCCCAUCCACAGAGACGAGGUUAUUUCGCUGCUCUGAGAGCAUGUCGCGUGAACCUGCAGACUGCGCCGUAACCACCGUGCUGGUCCGUGUCACAUGCUUGGCUGUCUCCUUGUGAGUGGUCUGCAUUCCUGGAAAAGUCAAAAUUAGGCCAGUCAUACUUGGUUUUCCCAUUAAGAGAAGACUGUAGUGGCAGAUUGAAUGCCUGAUAAGGGACCAAAUGUCAGCAUCCUUAUAGAAAUGUCCACAAACAUCGUAUCUAGUUAACUGAAAAACCAAACAACGAAAACAAAAACUCAGUGGUGCUUUGUGUAAAAUUUUCCAAAAGACCUUUUUAGUAAAUCCUCAAAGUCAAGAUGUCAAGUCGUCACUUCACUUACGCUGCAUUUGGUAGGAAAGGCAUGCGCCCGCCAAGUUUAUCUCCAGGAUCUGUGCCUCUGACUACAGAAGGGCUCAGUGAGUCGGACGCAGGCAUUGCCCUCCUCCAGGUCGGUGCGAGGUCUUCUGGGGGAACAGUUGAAAGGCAUCUGUACGGAACCCUCCCAGCUGCCUGAGAAAUGAGCCAGGAACGUUUGCCUCCUUCUCACUGCAAACCUCUCUGUAAUAAACUUAAGAAUUAGUGGUCAAGUUUGCUGAUCUCACAGCUUCAUUUGCAGAUAGAGUACAUUUAUUUUCAAAGUAUAUAUUUUUGCUGCAUACAUAAAGUCUCACAAGCAAUAUGAGUGUAACUGGCAUAGUAAUCGAAAAUCGUCAAAUAUAUCUGAAAUAGUUAAUUAUAGUUGUGUAAGUCUCCACCCAAACCAGAAGAAUUUCUGGAACUAUUUGAAGUUUAUAAAAAUGAAAAACUUUGUGAGUGUGAAGAGUGCUAAGAGGAGUCCUGGUUCUCCCAUUUUCAUUGUGCAGAAUGCGGCUGUGAAAUAACAGUGUCGGCUGGCAUUCGGUCCCAGGGAAGUAGCUGGCCCUGCUAGAAAUGGAAAGGAACAACUCUAAGUGUGGCAGACGUGCCCCCAGGGAGGAAAGAGAGGUCAGAGACUGAUGAGAUGUGGUGUCUGCUGGGAAGCACUUUCUCUGCAUUAAAAAGAAACAGCAAGAGAAAAACCAAACAGAAUUUUAAAGUAAUGUGGCUCAGCGCAAAGCACGUUAAUCCAUGGAAAGAUAAAUUCAUUUUUGGCUUUUCAUUCCUUCAGAAGAGUUUUAGUAAUGCCUGCAACCUGCUAAGCCCUGUCCUAGAAACUACACGUUUCUACAAAACAAAGAGAAUGCUUCAUAAUAAUAAAGUUAGGGUUGUCGUUACUAUUUUCAGUUAAGCUUGGACGAGGCCUCCGCGGGCAGUGACCUAACCGAGUGGCCCAGGGCUGCGCAGCCUUCUGAUGACGCAGGUUCAGCAGCAAACCACUGACCUAAAGAGAGCCACUAAUUGCAAAAUGACGGAUUAAAACCAUUAAAAACCUAGAAUCUGUGAGAGUAAACAGCACUCACACACCCUGGCAUACUGGGGCAAAAUCAGAGUUAUGGAAACGGACUUGAUGAGUGAAAACUAUAUGUCCUUUUACUCCAAUCCAGGAAAUAUUCAUUCCUACCCUCCAGCUGUCUAAUUUUAAAUCUCCUUAGCAACAGAUAUUUCUCUAUCUUCCACCGCCGAAGACUAAAUACAUAAUCUAGUUGGUCUGUUUAUUCAAUUUAGGGAGGAAAGGGAAAAAAGCUUUCCUUGACAUUCAGCUCACUUGGACGCAUUUUAAGUUAAUUCCGUCAGGUGUUGUGUCUUGUAAACACUCCAUCUCCCGUGGAGGGGGCAUCCUGUCUGUGCACCUGCGCCGUACACUAUAUUCAAGGCUUCUGAGCUAUCAAAUCUUGGGAGAGUCCUGUCUUGCAUCUUAACAAUUAUUUAUCCAAGUUCUUUAUAAUUAACUCCUUUGAUCUCUACCCAUUAAAUCAAUUUCAUAUUAUCAUUCUUUUGUUCUCUGGACCACAGCUGAUCUUUGAGCUCUUGAAUCAGAGUUUUCCAGGGCUGGUCUCCCUGUCCAGGCCUGCAUAUAUUUGACCUCAGUCCUUCACUGUCCCUUAACACUUCUGAGUCCCUCUUUCUCACAGCUCUCCCCUUCUCCCUUUUGAAUAUGUUUGUUUUCCAGGCAAAUGUGAUUUUAUUUUCUGGUCAUCUUAUCUGCUUAUUCCCAUUGGUAUUUCAUAGUCUUUUCAGGCUCCACAUUAUUGAAGAGAUGACCAUGAUUUCCUUUUAAAUACUAAAAUGGUCACAGCACACAGACAUUUUGGGGAGAGUUUCAUUUGGGAAAGUCUUUAAUUUUGUUAUUACCUCUUGGAAGGAAGCCCAAAGUGACAUGUGAAAAUGACAUGAAACCACUAAGCAGAUGUCCAGAAAACAAAAAUAGACUCACACGUCGUACUUCACACUCUGCUCCUCUUCCUUAGUCUCAGGAUCCAGCUCUUAGAUUAAACACUCUCCUUACCUUUUGCAAGAGAACUCUCUGCCACCAACUAAAUUCUCAUUCACUUAGCUUUCUGGGUCUUUGAGGGCGGGAUCCUGAUGUCACAAACCUGUCAGAUCUGUCAGACAGCGUGAGGCAGGGCCUGAGCCCCAGCUCUGGGGUGCCCUGGAGCGCUAGUUCCCACCCGGGGGCCGGACCCCCCCCACCUGGUGGGAAGGAGAGGUAUUUGGUUGCUUCUUCAAGAUGGCGGUUCAAGGACAUCUUGGCUCCUUUCACCAAGGAAAUGAAAGUGAUUGAUGAGUCAAGACAGAGUGGCCAGAAGUAAUGGGCGAUGCUCGCGGUGGCUGAGAGCAAACCCUCCACCCUUCCUCACCCUGAAGAGUCAGAGCGGAAAAGGCCGUGGUCAGCCCACCCGCCCUGUGAAGUUCCUGAGACUUGUUAACCUGAGAUUUCAGCUCACAUCAGACGUUCAAAGACUGUUUCACCUGGAAGGAAAAAUCUGUAAACCAUGACCGCAGAAAGCAAGUGAAAUAACACAAAGGAGGGAAAAUAUUUGAAAAGGAGGCUCUAACCACCAGUCGUCGGGAAGAGAAAACGGCAGCCCUCCUGUGUGUCCGGCUGUUCUUUGAAAUGUCAUGUGUUCCUCUCAGGACGUGCCAUCCUUGGGGUCCACUCCCACUACGGCAGCCAGAUGACUUAGCUGAUUAAGCAGCUGAAUUGCUUCGUUUAGUUUUGGGAAGUGACCAGCUGUUGGACUAAAUUGACCGAGUCGGGGAUUCCAAACACACUACCUUAGAGCCUCUAGUGGGUGACGCCUUUGAAACGUUUGGCCAUUUUAGUUACAAUGCAGGGUAACAUUUGAUGCAGCCACAAUAAUGACAGAAAUCUGUUCUGCUCUAAAAACAUUUCUAGCAAUGGAAAUAUUUCUGACUAAAAGAAUACUCCUGACUUGUAGGGAGGCUCCUAGGAAUAAAUGUACGCAACAAAAAUAAGGCAUUUCAUUUCUUAAAAGGUUGUCUAUAUAGAUACAUUCACGAAAUAAGGAAGUUGUUGGUGAAUGCUCCUAAAAUAGAGGUUUAUGCAAUGGGAAUAAAAGAGAUCUAUUAACAGAUUUACCAAAGAUUAUUUUUAUAACCUAUAUGCCAAUGUAUUUGAUCUUAUAUAAGACACUGAAAUAAGUUGUUCAAACUAUGAAUAAUGUCAGACAAAUGUAAUGUGUCCCUUCCAGAACAUUCACAAGAAAGCUUAGCUAUGGCUGUUUUCUGCCUUAAGUAAGUUCUUUUAAAUAGUACUGUCUUCAUCCCAAGAGCACGCUGUCCAUUACAUCUGAGAUGCUGUGGUUUGAGUGAGCAGACAAGCGUCCCAACAGGAAAGGAGCACAUCCAGCCGCGACUUCAGGAGUUGGAGGCAGAGCUGGACACGCUCCACCCACAGCUGCUCAGGGGCCUGCAGCGGCCUUUCGAGAUUUCCCAGCUCAGCCACACUGACGACCGGGCGCACCAAUGUUCUCAGCCUGAGGAGUCCUUGAUCUCCAGUCUUCCAUGCGGGCCCAUCAGGCUUAUAAAUUCUGCAAGGACAAGGACCACGUCUUUAGUCUCUUCUCUCCUCCUCCAUUGCAGAAAUCAGUGCACUGCUCACAGGCAUUCAACGUACACUCUUUGAGUGGAAAUGCUUCUGAUCCAAUACUUUGGAUGUGAGGUGGUCAGAGUCUAAUAAUACCAUUGUCCGUGGAGGUUCAUCUGGCUGUUCUUGAAGUUUGAAUGAAUAAUGUAAAUAAAUCCAGUAGCCAAACUUA